CUCUGCUGGAGGUGGAGAUUCAUUUACUCGACAUCACUGCAGAAACAGUGAGGAGGCGAGAGGAGAGAGAGAGAGAGAGAGAGAGAGUGGAGGCGGGGGGAGCAGAGGGGGGAGGGGGGAGGCGACAGAGGGAGACGGGAGGAGAGGAGAGAGAUUUAAACGUCGGAGCAGCAGCAGGAGGACGAGGAGGAGGAGGAUGAAGAGGAGAAACGUGAACCGACGGGAGCUUCAACUGAAGUCCAGGUGAGGUGGUGCUGGGUGGGGCUCUGAUCAGUGGGCGGCGAUGAUCGCAACCGGCGGCCUCCUGCGGAUCAAUGCGCGGCGUCAGGACUCACUGAGGUCCAAACCACACAAACCACACACACACAAGAGGAAGAGCAAGAAGAAGAGGAGGAGUGAGGUGGUGGUGGUGAAGGGGAAACUGAAGCUGUGCUCGGUCUCGGGUCUUGUGGCGGCGCUCGGGAUCCUGGUCCUGAUGGUGGGUGUGGUCAUGGCAGCUCUGGGCUACUGGCCUCGAGACGGACUGUUCUUCAGCGUUCAGCCACAGGAGGGUGCCGCCAUGGCCUCUGUGUCGUACAUCAGCCCCACACCUGCCGACGCCCAGGGAGGAGAGAAGGGGGAGGGAGUCCAUGCUGAGGAAGGAGACAAGAGAGGGGCGGGGGGGGAAGGACGAGGAGGGGGAGGUGAUGACAGUUUUAACCGAACACAAACUGUCAACGGGACGACACGACAACUUCCACGAGGUUUCCUGGAGGAUUUUCUGGACAGGUAUCUGUAUUCUGAUAGGCUGAAGGUCUUCGGUCCUCUCAUCAUGGGGAUCGGUAUUUUCCUCUUCAUCUGUGCGAAUGCCGUCCUGCACGAGAACCGGGACAAGAAGACAAAGGUCAUCAACCUGCGCGACAUUUACUCCACCGUCAUCGACCUCCACAGCCUCCGCCGACCCCACGCCUCCUCCGGCUCCGCCCGCCGCUCGUCCACCAAUCCCCUUAACGGCCUUGUUAACUACGUCCAAUCAAAGAGCCUGGAGUGCAAACCCAGGGCUUACCCUGCCUCCCUGAUGACCAGGAGGGAAGGAGGAGGAGGAGAGGGGGGAGGCGGGGUGUCGUCGAGGCAACAGCUGUGCAGCAGCAGAGGAGGAGGCGGGGGAGAUGAUGGAGGAGGAGAAGCAGUGUUCAGCAUCUACCAGGAGUACCCAGACAUUCCUCCUCCCCCCUCCUCCUCCCACAGACUCUCUCUCCCCCCCAGCUUCAGCCCGUCCUCCCUCUCCCUCUCCUCCCUGCAGCAGGAGGAGCUCAGCUCCUUCACAUUACCCCUGCGCCGCCCCCGGCCCCCGGCCCCCCGCAGGAGGCACUCGGCCCGGGCCAGGACGGGCUGCAGCUGGAGGGAGGACAGAGGAGGGGAGGAGGUGUACGGGAGAGAAGAGGGAGGUGAAAGACAGGAGGAUGUACAUCCACCACCUCCUCUGUCCUCCUCCACCCCCCCCCACCCAGAUCCUUCCAGGAGGCUCCGUCCUGCAGCUCCUCCAGCCUCCACAGGGAGGCGCCAGGAGGAUCCCAGGCCCUGCUCCUCCUCUCCUCCUCCUCCCUCGCCCCCUCUCACUUGUCUCUCUCCUCCCUGUCUCACCUCCUCUCGUCCUCCUCGUCCACGCCCAUCCCCCCCUGCAGGAGGCGGAGCCUGCCGACCAGUGGCAUCGUCACAGGUUACUGCAAACUGACGCACGGCGAGGACGAAUCAUUCGAGUCGACCGAGAUGACAUCAUCACAUCACGUCAUCGUCACCUCGCAGAGGGGGGCCGUGAGGUCAGAGGAAGUGACAUCACACAGAGAAUACUCCAACCGGGAGAAACUGAGGAUGAUCUCACAGGUGGACUCACAGGUGAGGCGGGAGGAGGAGGACGAGGGGUGAGGAGACAACCAAUCAGGAGCUGACUCAGUGAGUAACAGCACAACUCUGAGGUCAUGUGACUUUUAAUGACAUCAUUACAUCAUAAAGAUUCUCUGUAAACAAAACAGUUACCAACGGCAACCAGCUUCUUUAUUUACACUGCUCUGACAACGAUGAUAAAGAUGAAGGUGUUUGACAGGAAGUGGUCAAACACCUGCAGGUGUUGUAGCAAUAAGGAGUCUUCCAGAUGAAUGAGUGGACGCACAACAGUAACGACCUGAUGAACUGAUCAUGUGACCUGAUCACAUGAUCUCAGCGGGAAUGUUUUUAUACUGAACCUGAAGGUGACGGGAGGAGGGGGGGUUAAAGGGAGUUGGACUGGACC